UGUAAUAUUUGUUGAUGAGUUAUUCCAAAACAUUUUGACAAGCGAUUCCAUCAACUCUACGGUUUUUCGACUUAAAAUUAAAUUAUGGAGCUGCGUGAAUUAGAUUCAGAGGCGAAAUUGGGCGCCAUAAAAGAUAUAAAGAAUAUGUUUUCGCGGCCCGGCCAAUUGGAGCGUGUGGAUUUGUACAAACAACGAGAGGGACGGAAAAAGGCAUCGCUUGAGGCCCAAUUAAAAACAGCAAUGCAAAAUCAACUGGACGACGAUGGAAUGGGACAAAAACAACUCGAAAAUUCAAUGUCUCACAUCAAAGUGAUCGAUGAAAACAUAAAAGACGUAAGCACGCUAUUGAAGGAUGUUCCAAAAUUGUACGAUAAACUCGAGCAUGUUCGUAAUGAAAAUGCGAAGCAUUCACAGUACGCAACGGUUAUGGAAAAUUUGAAGCAUAUCUUUUCGGUGCAAUCAAGUGUGGCCAAAACAAUGCAAUGGAUUGAAGACGAUAAACUAUUAAACGCCCAUCAAUGUUUGACCGAUUUGGAAAAUUCACGUGAUGACAUUUUAUUUGAAUUGCAUAAACUGCCGAAACAAUAUGCUCUUGAUAAAAUGACGUUAAAGAGCAAUUUUGCCAAAGUUGAAGCCGUUUCGGCGCAAUUGGGACAGAAAAUUCGCUUGAUACUUGAUCGAUGCUUGGCUACUGUUCGCAAAGAACCAACAAUUAUUGUCACUGCCAUGAGAAUAAUAAAACGCGAAGAAACGGCCGAUGCAUUCGCAUUACAGCAAAAGCAACAAUCUGGCUUCAUUCCACCCGAUCGUCCGAAAAAUUGGCGUAAAAUGGCAAUGGAUGCACUGUAUGCAACGGUAACCGUUCGCAUUGAAGGCUCCAAACUUGAGGAACGUUCCGACAAUAAAUUGUGGCUGGUUCGAGAUUUGGAAAUAGCACGUCAAUUUAUUUUGGAUGAUUUACGUGUGGUGAAACAAUGCUGUGUACCAUGCUUUCCGCCUGAAUUCAAUAUAUUCGAAGAGUAUGUGAAAAUGUACCAUACAGCACUGUCGAAACAUUUGGAGGAAAUAAUUCAAGGCGGUUUGGAGGGUAAUGAAUAUGUAUCGUUGUUAGCUUGGGUGAUGAACGUCUAUCCAGGUCCAGAACUUAUGGCCCAUCCUGAUUUACAAGUCGAUCUAUCCAAUAUGGAACCAUUAAUCAAACCUGAAUCUCUGAAGGAAUUGGAAAAUGAAUAUUUAAAGAUUAUGGAGAAAAAUUACGAAGAUUGGAUGACAAGAGCCGUUGAAACGGAUAAACAAGAAUGGAUGUCGGAUUCACCACCGAAUCAUGAAUGCCAAGAAAGAUCGGCGGCGGUCAUCAUUUUCCAAAUGAUUGAUCAACACUUGCAAGUCACCAACACCAUUCAUUCCGAAUUCACAUUUAGUGCCUUAGUUUUGAGCAUACAACAAGUCACCAAAUAUGGACAAAACUUUCGUCAAUGCAUCAUCGAAUAUAAAGAUAAGCAUUUCAAAGAUCGUAGCCAGAUACCGUAUUUCACGCAACAUCUCAUCACAAUUGUGAAUAAUUGUCAGCAAAUCAUGGAGCUGGCCCAGCAUAUGAAACAAUUGUAUUGGCCCAAAUCUCGAACAGAUCAUUAUGAAGAAUUCGAACGACUUUUGAAAACAUUUCAAAAUCUUCGCGAUGAGGUUGGUGUAUUUCUGUUGGAGGAAGCAUUUUUGGACCUUGAAAAGCAUUUCAGCGAUUUAUUUACGACAGCUUGGCUUGGCUCCUCACAUUCGGUGGACACAAUUUUGGUAACGCUCGAAGAUUACUUUCACGACUACAAUCUGUUGCGCGAAAAUAAUUUCGUCUAUGUCAUAAAUGAGGCACAAAAAAUGGUCACAAAACGUUAUAUUAAGGCAAUGUUAUCAAAACGAUUGAGUAAACCGCGUCAAGAUUGCGAUGCAAUUACAAAGAAAAUUAACAAAGAAGCCAAACAAAUUAAAACAUUUUUCGGUAAAAUUGCGCCGAAUAUGAUCGAUACGGAUUCACCGAUUGAUUUAAUUACGGUUAUGGGCAAUCUCAUCAGCUGUGAUAUGGAAAUGUUGAUUUUAGAUUUGCACACAUUAUUCGGCAAUUAUCCAUCGCUCACCGAAGAUCAUCUUGUUCGAUUGUUUUAUAUUCGGAAUGACAUUAAAACAAACGAAGUCAAAACGAAAAUUCAAGACGCUAUCAAAGAGAAAAAAUCCAAAGUUAGCGUUGACAAACAAGAUGUUGUCUUCAAAGAAAUCGUUUUCACCGAUAAAUUGUGGUAAAUUUAGACGGAUUUUAAUUUAAACAAAAAAAUUAUUAUUGUAAUUGCUUGCGAAAAUCUGUAUGACUAUUAUAUUUUCGAU